AGGCGGCGGGUCAGCCCAGCCCAUCGCCCACGGGCCCUUCCAUUCCCACCCCCGCCCCCGCCCGUCCGUCCCCACGGCGACCGAGCCGACCGUUGCGAUCCGUCCCUCACCUCGCGGAGACCGAGCCAGCCCUAGCCCUUAGCCGCCCGCCCUUCGCGCGCUCCCGUCCCCCGCGAUCUCCGGCGCCGCCGCCGAACCCGCCCUCGGAUCGGCGGGGCCCCGGCCGGGGCCGGGCCAGGAGGCAGGCAUGAUCCUGGAGCAGGUCGACGAGGAGGGGGCGGGGACGGGCCUGGUGGCGCCGCCGGCCAACUUCGGGAUGGUGGACGCGGGGGUCUACCGCUCGGGCUUCCCCGACGCCGCCAGCUUCGGCUUCAUCCGGGGGCUCGGCCUCCGAUCCGUCGUGUACCUGUGCCCGGAGCCGUACCCGGAGCCCAACGCCGCGUUCCUCAAGGCCGAGGGGAUCCGCCUCUUCCAGUUCGGGAUUGAAGGCACCAAGGACCCAUACGUGUCCAUACCUGUGGAUGCCAUCGUGGGGGCUCUUAGGGUCUUGCUUGAUGUUAGGAAUCACCCAGUUUUAAUCCACUGCAAAAGAGGAAAGCACCGCACUGGAUGUCUGGUGGGCAGCUUCAGGAAGCUGCAGAAUUGGUGCCUAUCAUCUGUCUUUGAAGAGUACCAUCGCUAUGCUGCUGGCAAAUCCCGCUUGUCAGACCUGAGGUUCAUUGAAUCCUUCGAUGUCACCUGCAUGAGGGAUUGCAUGCUGAGACUCAUCUACCGCUACCACGACUGUCUUCAGAAAAGCAAGCGCCUACAGUACGAUGUCAGAUAGCAUCUGGGGGACUGGGAACGACCUCCCAGGCCCUUGAGUUUUGCUGGAGCAUGAACUGCUGGAGAGUAGUAAACCAUUCACAGGGCAUUUGUUGAUUCUUUUAUGCCUUGAUGCCUCGAUGUGAGUGAUUCUUUUGUAAGAGGAAAUUUAUUGAACACUGGUCUGAGCCAUUACUUGAUUGCAUAGUUCUUUUCAUCUGAAGCAGUUUGUCACCGCAGGCAAUAUAUAGUCUGGUGGAAGAGUUUCCUUCUAUAUGAAUUUUGUUUGUGCAGUACUAUGCUAACCUGAGGUCGAAUUGACAAAGUCCCAAAAUAUAUUUGUUAUAUUGUACAGGAAGGAUCUUGG